CCUGCUGCACAGCCCUUUAGUUUAUGGAUUUCCGUAUUUGGGUGUCAGAGACAAGAGCUGCCAUAAAGGCAGCAUAGUUGCAGCAGUGUAGCAGCAGAUGCAACAGAGUGCUGCAGUCAUAAUAUAAUGUGCACAGUUACACGUUCUGGAGAGAGAGAGCGAGCCUGUGUAGGAUACUACUUUUUACUCCUACUGAUACUGUGUCUCUGUGACUGUGUGUGUGUGUGUCAUAUUGUCAUAACAUUAAAGAGAGCGAGAGAGAGAGAGAGAGAAGGUGUAAAAUGGCAGGCAGCUGCUAAUAUUUUUUCAGAACCAUUAGUUUUAUCCAUGUACAGAAGAUUCUGCAACUCCAAUGGUCCCUGAAAUAAAUAUACCUACUCCUUCUCCUCCUACACUCUUCCUCUUCAAUCUCUCCCCAUUUAGUAGGACUACAGUAUAAACUGAUCAAAAUUGGAUUCCAGGAAUUUGAAGCUAUUGUUGCUGGAUUUUUUUUUUCUUUCAUCCAUUUCUCUGCUUCCCAAGUUCUUUGAAUAAUGAGUACUGCUACUGCAAGUAGAAAUAGUAGUACUAGUGGUAGGUUUCCUUUCACUGCAUCUCAAUGGCAAGAACUUGAACACCAAGCUCUGAUCUUCAAAUACAUGGUUUCUGGGAUGCCUGUUCCUCCUGAUCUUCUAUACACUGUCCGAAGAAGCUUGGAUUCCUCCAUCUCCUCCAAACUCAUCCUCCACCAACCUCAACUGGGAUGGAACUGUUUCCAGAUGGGAUUUGGGAGAAAAAUCGAUCCAGAGCCAGGAAGGUGCAGAAGAACAGAUGGGAAGAAAUGGAGAUGCUCAAAAGAAGCUUACCCUGAUUCCAAAUACUGUGAAAGGCACAUGCACAGAGGCAGGAACCGUUCAAGAAAGCCUGUGGAACUUAUCACAACACCAACACCAUUUUCAACAUCACUAUCAACUAACAACACAUCAUCAUCUUCAUCAUCAACCCCAAACCUUAAUCCACCAACAGCCAUUCCCCUUUCAUCUAUGUGCAGCAAACCCACCAAUAAUAAUAACUCUGCUUUUUCACCAUCUAGUCCCACUUCUCAUCACUCUUUCUCUUGCCUCACUUCAUUAGCCCAUUCUGAGCCACCCCAUCAUCAUACUAGUUAUUCCACUAGUUCUGGAGCACAUUACAACCAUCCUAAUUUCCUCUUUACCCAUUCAUCCUCCUCUUCACAAGAAAAUGCCACUACAAACUUUCUGUUGGGCUCCAGGGAGCCUUAUUCUCAUGGUGGUGGCAGCAAAGGAUACAGUUAUGGUCAGGGAGGUAAAGAAGAGGUUGAUCAUGAGCAUGCAUUUUUCUCGGAGCCUUCUGGGACAAUAAGAAAUCUUUCUGGGUCUUCAACAGAUGAAUCCUCCUGGCAAUUAUCACCAUUAACAAUGGGAUCUUCACACAUGGGCCAUAUGAAGCAAGAAAGAUGUUAUUCAGGUGGACAUUGUCCUAAUAAUUACUUGCAACUUCAGAGCCUCAACGACAAAAGGCAGCAACUUUAUCCGAUGGGGACUUAUGAUGAUAAGAAUCACGAGUUGGGACUAAUGUUGGAUCGAGAUGAUCAACCCAAGAAAGUGAUGCACCAUUUCUUCGAUUAAUGGCCUCCAAAAUACAAGAGGUUAGUAGUAAUACAGAUAAAUCAUUCAAAUUUUAGUUACUGUUUCUAAAAAUCCCAGCUUUCAAUUUCCAGGCCCAAUUAACUAAAAGUUUUUUUUUUUUACCAUUAACUGAUCAUACAGUUGUGCAAAUGCAAACCCAUUUUGUCCAUUACACAACUUCCGUCCAGAAUUUGACCCCUUCUGCUUUGCUGCUUUUGAUUUUUUGCAGAUAAAUGAUGGCUAAUGAAUAGUGAGAAUCUGAAUCCGAAAGGACAAAAAAGUACUGAAUGGUGGUGGGUCUUUUCAACA